GUCAACCACCGAUUCAAGAAGACACAGAAGAAGCGCCCGCUACUAGUUUCAGUUUAGAUUUAACCUUUGAGUUCAGUUGUUGUGUCGUUCAAGGGUAGGAUUAAACGUUUAUUUCGCCUUUUAGAGCCUCAUUUGUAGUUUUGAGGUCAGUCACCUGUCUACUGAGUUCAGGCUGGCUAACUCAGAAUUGUAAUGGUGAUCAGAGAUACUCCAGGACAGAAUGACACCGGAGACAGUCACAAGUUUCCAGCUGUCUGUCAAGACUAUUGCCCUGCACAUGGUUGACCUCUCCUUCUCUGUGUACAGCUCUCUGACUCGGGUGAGUGUCAGCUCAGAAACUAAGAAGCUUGUGACUGUCACUGCCUGUGGUGCUGUGUCGCUCCUUUUCUUGGCCCGCCAUUUUCAGAGGAGAAAGAGCAGAAAGAAGGCUCCCUCACCUGACUGGGACCAGACAAAACUUCAGUUCUUCUCACCAGUAUUGCAAGACAAUGACAACACAAGUCAACAAAAUAUCUCCUUGUCCCUGAACUCCAAGAAUGAAGACUUGCAUGCUCUGGGGCUUCUAUCAGAUGACUGUGGAAAACUGUCCUGGUCUCGGCAAAGCCUGACCUCGGCAAAAAGCUUGAAGUCAUCCAACAGCGGCACGUGUGAGAAUGAAUCCACCUGUUGGGAUGGGCCAGAAGAUGCCAACAUCUGCAGUGUGGUCAAUCUGCCGGACACCACUCCAGAAAGCUUGUAUCUUACAGGUAUGGAUUUGUUUGAGCAAGCUCUGAGUCGUUGGGAAGAAGCUUUAAAGUUUAGGAGUUGGCAGGCUGAAGAUGAUGCGUGCUGUGCUUCCGUCAGAGUAGCAGCCAGCGGCACCAUUGCUGAGCAGCGCAUGGAGGACGUCAUCAGUGUGGAGUUCAUCCGCAGGCUAAAGUCUCUGCUGCAGAGGGCGUACUGCCUGCAGGAGGAGUUUCAGGGAGUGUUGGGCAUGUCUGCACCAUCAUCCCAUAACAGCAGCGAGGAUAAAGUGUCAGAGGUUUUGGUCGGAGAGGUGCCACAUGACACCUGCCUGAGAAACUCUGUCUCCUCCAACUCGUUUGCCUCCAUUGUUGAGCUGUUAGAACCCGGAGAGCUGAGAAGCGCCUCCGUUCUCAGGUUUCACCCGUUCUAUGAUGAGGCGCUUCAGAUGGCUGAGGAGGACAGAAUCUCCUGUCGGGUGCUGCGAACUGAGAAACUGGAGUGUCUUGGGGAUGUGGACUUCCUUGCCAAACUACACUGUGUGCGGCAAGCAUGUCAGCUCAUUUUGCAUGAAAAGGCAACCUGGACAUUUCUGGUCAAGACAGGGAAAACAAUACUGUCCUCAAUCAUUGUUAAAGCACAGAAGAACCCAACAUAUUUUGAGGAAGCCUUUGAAAAGAUGGUUUCCUUCCUGGAGCAUACAGAGCACUGGGAGGACACUGAAGUAGAGCUCGCCACAAUUGGGGUUAAGCACUUAAACUUCUACGAUAUAGUGCUUGAUUUCAUCCUAAUGGAUUUAUUUGACGACUUGGAGAAUCCACCCAGUUCUACCCAGAAUAUGAUUAACAACCGCUGGCUCAACAACAGCUUCAAGGAGAGGGCAGUGUCAUCAAGCUGUUGGACAGUACUAAAACAGAAGAGGCAGCACAUGAAGUUGCCACAUGGCUUUAUUGCACAUUUAUACAAUGUAUGUGAAGAGAUCAGUCCCAUCCUAGUAUGGGGGUUCCUUGGUCCCAAAAACAUGCUGCAUGAUGUCUGCCACUUUUUCAAGGACCAGGUACUGUGUUUCCUGAAGGACAUUUUUGAUCUAAACAAGGUGCGGUAUUCAUCAGUAGAAAGUCUGGCAGAAGACAUGUUACAGCUGCUGCAUCAACACUGUGACCUGCUGUUGACCUACCUGGAAGCAGAGUCCAUGUCUCCACACCACAGCUUCAUGGCCACACAGGGACAGCUGGUGGCCGAAGUGCAGUGAAGAACAGCAAUGAUCUCCAGAAAAGGCCAAGCCAAAUAAAAUGCAUAGACAUUCUUGAGACCGUUCAAGACUGACUAACACGUGCCAUAUAAAACUCAGGUGUCAGCAUAGGAACCACAGAGCUUGAAUCAAAGUUCUGAGUGAAGGUAAUCCAAAACUUGUUUCUCCUGAACAGGAAAUUGGUGCAAGUACUCAUGAGCACCCUGGUUUAUAGCUCAUCUAUUAAUUAUGGUUUCACUGGAGAAUGCACUAUAAAUAGAUGAAGAUAUUCAAAAGAUGGCAUUCUGUCUGAUUUUCAGAUGGCAACAAAUUCAACAUCUGUGGGAGUAUAGAAACUUAGUUUUAGGUGUAGCAGUGGAUUUUGUAUUUUAUUUAAAAGUUCAGCAAAACAAGCGCGUGGUAAAUAGUUAAUAUUACUCAUUGGCACCUGUGUUUGAGCCUGCCCCGAAAGAGUCAAUGGGACAGAUCCUGCUCUUCAAAAAUUGUCAUGAAUAGUCUUGCUGAUGAUGCCACACCAUCAGACACCAACCAGGUUCAUUAUAACACGGUCAAAAACAAUCAGCAGAAAAGCAUUAAAAGUGGAUGCCAUUACACUGGAAUCUCCACAGUGGGCUUACAAUGCAGAGGCCUAGGUCUACACGAUCAUUGAUACUGCAUAUAGGUGCAGCAAUUUAUCAUCGUGCUUACAUCACCAGAGGACACUCAUUAACACUACCCAAGACAAAAGUCAACACACAACAGAUUUUCUUGACAAAGAGGGGUCAGCUGACUGGAAUGGCAAAUCAAGACGUCCUAUCAGCCACCACCACAAACUACUUUCAAACAGUUAAUCUGUAUGAAGACAUCAUUUGAAAGCUGGGAUGACUUGUAAACCAUAAAUUAAAAUCACAGCAUUAAAACAAGGUGACAAAAAAAAAAACAUGGGGGUAGACACACAACUGAAGUACAAGUUGAGAAAAUAGCAUUGCCUUGAUUUAGAAGGAAAUGUUGAACUGUGUCCCUGCUUUAUUUCUGGCUUGGUCAGUGUGAAAGACUGGAGCAUGCCAGGCGCUUUUCUGAGAACAAAACGUCUCUGGUAAAAACUGAAACUCGAGUGUUUAAGAUUUUUAACUUCUUGGAAUAUCAAUGUAUAAUUGUCUCUAAAAAUGAACAUUAAAGACAAACUUGAGCUGUUGAACAAAACUUGUUCAUGAUUUACACUUAAAUGGUAGUAAAAUCCUG